AUGCUAGAGCUCAUCGGGGCCCUUAUAGUGGCCCUCCUAAUAUUUUUUAGCACACUAAUAAUAGGUUGUAUUCCUAUUUACCUUUUAGACAAACGGGCACAGAGGACGCAAGGCUUACCUUCAUCGAUUGCCACUUUUGGCGUCGGGACGUUGCUGGGCACGGCACUACUUUUGGUAAUACCAGAAGGCAUCGAAGUGUGCGAUGCCGAUGACAACUACGGCCUUGACCUGAUCAUCGGCUAUUUGGUGAUGUACUUCAUGGAGAAGCUCGUGAAUUGGAAAGGGGCAACGAGACCCAUUUGGACGCAGAGGGAAUCAAUUGAACACAUGCGUAAUUGGAGUGACCUGACAAACAUGAGGAAAGUUGCUAUAGUUCUUUGCAAGAGCGAGUUCGCGCUAGCCAUGAUCCUACAUGGAUUUUCGGACGGGGCUGUCAUCGGGGCGUCAGUCAGCGGGAGCCUCCUAAAUUGGGCACUCGCUGCGGCCAUGCUUAUACACAAAAUUCCUACAGUCCUUUCUAUAGUAAGUUUAAUGCAAUGCAAGCAGGGUCUAAACCAGUACGAGGUGGCGUCGAACCUGCUGCUGUUUUCCGCGUCUACCCCAAUCGGAUAUCUCCUUUUCAAGCUUUUUUAUGCCCUUGCUUUUGGGCCUACUUCCUGGCUCGGACGCAACAUCAUGCUAAUCAGCGGCGGCAGCCUGUUGUACGUUGCGACGGCAGCGCUACAGACACCUGGCCAUGCUAGCAGCACUCCCACGUAUCUACCUCUGGAGAGUGCGCAAAGCGUGCCGCUGUCGGAACUUGAACUCGGCGAGGCACGGAGCUAUAGUUGGCCCUCUACUGGCUCCAAUGGCGAAUCUUCCCGGCCCUACAUAGGCACCAUAUCCUUCUUAUCAGGCCUCCUGAUACCCGCUGGCAUUUCGUUCAUACAUUAA